AAUUCUACUAUCAUCACUUUCUUCAAAACACUCUUGACCAAAAAUUUAAAUGUCAAAAUUGGUAUUGCAUAUCUAAAUCACACUCUUUAUUUUAUACAACAAUGCCAACGACUACACGUUCACUCAGAUAUAAGAUCUCUUCGAAAUCGCUCAAGCACAAGUCCAGCAAUGGCCGCAUCUCUAAACCCAAGACUACACAACCACGCAAGAAACUUACAAUCAGUCUAACCACACAAAAUAACCCACUCAAAGAAUCUGAAUACUUUGAGGAUAUCUGCUACUACAUGCACCUCAUGGAAUUACAAACCCUUGGCGAUCUCAGCCUGAUAGACUCACAGCCUGAGCUUGACUGGAGGAUGAGAAGCUACCUUAUUGACUUCUUGAUUGAAGUGCAUGCCCACGCUAGGCUGCGUCCCGAAACUCUCUACUUAGCCGUCAACAUCAUCGACAGGUAUGUCUCUAGGAGGGUUGUUUUGAAAAAGCACUAUCAGUUGGUAGGAUGUGCUGCUUUAUGGAUCGCCGCAAAAUUUGAAGACGCCAAACAUGCUAUACCCUGUCUCUCUGAUUUGGUUGUCAGUUGCUGUGGUAUCUACGACGAAUCUGCAUUUGUUCAAAUGGAAUCACAUAUUCUUACUACCCUUGGGUGGGUUUUAGGUCAUCCAACAGCUGAGUCAUGGUUACGCAUUUUUACUCUCGCUAUGGGAACGGACGAUAUGCAGACACAACAUAUCGCUAGAUGUGUUAUGGAACUCUCCCUCUAUAGACGCGAAUUUAUAGACAUACCCUCUUCCUCAAUUGCGGCAGGAUCCCUUUUACUCGCAAGGACUAUAGUCGGACGGGCACGUAAAAUAGUAGAUGAAGACCAACAAUCAAUACAAGUCGCAGAAUUGCUUGAUAGUUUCCUUGGGGAGCACCUCGACCAACUUUCAGAAAUCAUUUCCGCAAAAUACGCACCACAUUAUUACUCUAGAGCAUCCAUUAUAGUUAGAGAAUGGUAUUUGGCAGGGAAAAGAUUCUACUUUUACGCUCCAGUUUUAUCACCUUCUUAUGUGCAUAAUACUCCACCCCCAACACCACCAUUCAGUCAAUCAUCUAUGGAGACGGGGAUGUACUCACCUGGUAGCUCAAGUUCAGAAGAUGAUGCUCCACUCACACCUUACUCACAAGCUGCACCAAUUCCAUCACUAAAUGUCGAUUAUAAGGAAAACAAGCAGAUUAUUAAGCCAAGACCGUCAAUACAAUCAUUCACUUCUUUACAAAUUAGUAACAAAGGUGUUUAAAUGAUAGUAUAGCCAUGAUUUGUUCAAUAGUUAAUUAGUAGUAAUCCGUUAAUAAUAAUCAGAGCACACAACCUCAUUAUCUUCAUUUGGGCGUUUUAAACAAAUUGUCAAUAAUGAACGACGAAAUAUCAAACGACAUUUAAUUAAAUUAAUACAAACGAUAAUCAGUAAGAAAGGACAGUCAAAGUUUCACUUAUCUUUACAAUUCUAGCAUUUUUCAUCAUUACUUUCCUUCUAGAUACCCAACCAUUUAAACAAAGUAAAUGAAAAACACGCAUUGAUAAUAUAACCAUUAUUAUACGUUAAUAAUCAAGAGUAUACAAGUAGUCAAGAUUUUUUACUCAUUCAACGCUCUUUUACAUAAAUCCAAACUUAUUUAUUAUACAUGAUCCAACCGCCUUAUUGCACUCACUUAUAUAUAUUUUCAUUCAUUGGCAUUUUUUUCUUAU